AUGCUUGCUGAGGCUUAUUUUCUUCUCUUUACUCCGCCUCCACUUCUUUAUCAUGUCCCUCAAUUCCCGACAAUCAGAGAUCUGAGGACCAAAUGCUUUUCCAGCUACUACACUGAGGUCUGCAAGUUUGACCCACGUGAGCUUGUUUGGAACAUCGGUGAGCAGAUCAAGCUCGAUCAGACCACUAUGUGGCAGCCGGCUGAAGUUAACGAAGUCGUAGAAGGACCUCUCCAACUUGGAGAGGUGUUGGAUUGCAUCGAUCACGAGUCCAGAGUUUCGCACGUUGCCAAAAUCCGUCUCCCAGGAUGCAACAUGAUCAUUCGUGUGCAAAGACAGCUUGUAAGCUUUGAGGAUGAUGUUGCUCAUGUCGCUCAUGCGCCGGCCCCAGUUACCAGGUCGCGAGCGAUUCUCUGGAAGUUGGUACCGCUUAACACUGAGGAUAAACCUUCUAAGUAA